GAGAGGAAGGUCAGGAGCAGGAUCUUGCUCUGUCUGAUGCUCAAGAAAUGUCUUCACUCUCAGAAUAUGCGUUGCGCAUGACUCGUCUGAGUGCCCGGCUCUUUGGUGAAGUUGCCAGGCCUACGGAUUCCACAUCCAUGAAAGUGGUGAAACUAUUCAGUGAACAGCCCCUGGCCAAGAGGAAGGAGACUUAUGACUGGUAUCCGAACCACAACACAUACUUCGCACUCAUGGGCACACUCCGGUUUUUUGGGCUUUACAGAGAUGAGCAUCAGGAUUUUAAGGAUGAGCAAAGGCAUCUCAAGAAACUCCGUGGAAAGGGGAAACCAAGGAAAGGAGAAGGAAAACGAGCAUCAAAGAAGAAAUGGUGUUGCCCAUCAAGAAAGGCAAUUUCUUGCUGAGUGACUGAGGGGGAGGUGUAUCUUUCUACACACUUCAUUUUUAAUGAAGGAUUUGAAGAAACACAAUCAUGUCAUAUUGAAGCCCAAUCCAGCUAUUAACGCAUUCUAAUUUUGCAAAAUUAUUUUUCUCUACUUUUGUAAUCUGGCUUUACCUAAUUCUGCAAUGGAGCAGGUAAAUUAUUGUCUAAUGACAUGUUUAGCGGAGAGUGGGAUGUUGGGGGGGUUGGGGAGACUACAUUAAAUAAG